AUGUCGGGUGCAGAGAUCCUUGCAGCCAUCGUCAUAGUUGGAGAGGCAGCAGAUACUGUCAGCAAAGUUGUCAAUGCUAUGCAAACCACCAAAGAUUUUGUCGAAAGCUUCCAGGGGAAGAAGAACCAUUCUCAAGAUGUGCAGAACUAUGUCGAUGGUGCCAAGGAGAGUAUUAUAGCAGAAAUCAACGCCGUUGAAUUUCAAGGCUAUAUGAACUUAGUGAACAGGGCGGCUUCGUGGUGGUAUGAAUGCCAAUCGAAUAUCCAGUUGUUUGGAAUCGAUAAACAUACGGUUACGGAUACAGACGGCGAAUUGAAGCAGUUCGCAGACGAUAUCCACAACGAGAUAGGUCCACUCGAUGGACUCAAAGUUUGGAUUGAAGGCGAUCGUCCAAGACCACAAAAAGACAAAAUGCUAGGUUUUUACCUGCUCUUUUACGCAAUAAGGCAUUCGAUGCGCUUCACAUACGAAACGUUCUUCCUCGUUAGGACUGGAAACUAUUCAGCCACCUUUGAGGAGACAGCCCAAACUUUAGAAGAUGCCAAGAAAGCCCUUCAGAAAAGGUUUGAUGAAUAUAAAAUAUUUCGUGCUAGUCAGUUGAUUAACAUUGUACCAAUAACGGAGGGAGUGCCAGGAGCUCAAACUUUUGAGUAUUUGAUCAGAACUGACAUCGGGGGAGAUGAUUUGAUUCCUAAUCUUACAAAUGCCUUGUGGAUCAGUCUCACUCCUGAUGCCUCUACGGAAAAGGUCAGAAAAGAUGCCAUUAAGCACUAUUGGCGGGUGUCCGACUUAGGAAAAAGGUCUAUUGAUGACCUUUUCAAGUCUUGGACACAAGCACAUACAGCAGCUUUGCUUCUUCGGCAUGUUUCCGUGGAUGAAGGAAGAGAGUACUAUAAUCUGCCCCUAGGGGGUUAUACGUAA